GCUGUGAACUGACGUUUCGGUGGGUGACAGUUGACAGUUCGUGUUUUUUUAGUGUUUUGUGAUUUGAACGUUGAUCUAUGAUCUGCUGAUAGUCCGAUAUGAUGACAGUUUUGUAGUGAAUGUUCACGGUUGAUAUAAUUUUUCUUAGCUUUUUUCAACGGUAAUGUGCGUAAUAAGUGUGUUUCCUUCCAUAAAACUAUAAAGUUAUUGUAGAUAUUUGCGAAAAAAAAAUCGUGGCCCCGAAGAGAUGACUGGCAAAAAAACUCGCAAAUUGCACGCGAAUUCUGUAAAAUUUCACGGGCCAGCUAAACCUCUGCCGGCGAGCGCUAGCGAAAAACGACCCACUAAAAUGCUGGACGCUUUAUUAACGUUGAACAAAGAGCAAUUGAAGAUCGAGUGCCGAAAGAGGGGCCAAAAAACGACGGGCACAAAGAGCGAAUUGCUUCAACGAUUAGGUAACACGAUGGCAGGCCAUACGAGGAAAAGGGAAGAUUCCACGUCCCAACAACCGAACGGUGGAUUGCAAAACUUGAAGCACAGGAAGCAAGGAGACGCUCAUAAAAAGGAGAAGGAAAAGCGCGAACGCGAAAGCUUAGUUUUAUGGAGGAAACCGUUCAAGACGGUUGAAUUUUUUAUUAGGGAAUGUUUCGAAUUGGCCACUACAUAUGGAAGAAAAGUCUUGGCGAAUAGAAAACUGGUAGCGGUUUUGUUGAUCUCAGUAUUAUCAUUGUACAUAUUAGUGAAUACGAAAGGACCACAUCAGAACGUAGUACAAGGAGCGUAUAAGAAAUUGUUAUGGUGUUUAUAUUGGAUAGGUUUAGGUAUUUUGUCUAGUGUAGGUUUAGGAACUGGAUUACACACGUUUUUAUUAUACCUAGGGCCGCACAUUGCUCAAGUAACUUUGGCGGCGUACGAAUGCGGAAGUUUAGAUUUUCCCGAACCCCCCUACCCGGACGAAAUAAUAUGUCCCACUGACGGUAAACAAAUGUCAAUAACUUUCCUUAGUAUUAUGUCUAAAGUAAGAUUGGAAGCUAUGUGUUGGGGAGCCGGUACGGCCCUGGGCGAGUUGCCGCCCUAUUUUAUGGCAAGAGCGGCAAGGCUUUCGGGCUUGAAUCCCGAUGAUGACGAUGAUGACGAUCUUAAAGCGUUUGAAGAAUUGGAGAAGAAGAAACAGAGCAAGGCCGAAUUGACUUUUAUCGAGAAAGGGAAACUGUUUGUCGAAGAGAUCGUUCAGAAAGUCGGAUUUUUGGGUAUAUUAGCUUGCGCUAGUAUUCCGAAUCCAUUGUUUGAUUUGGCCGGCAUCACGUGCGGACAUUUCCUCGUACCUUUUUGGACAUUCUUCGGGGCCACUCUAAUAGGAAAAGCGGUCAUUAAAAUGCACAUACAAAAAAUGUUUGUCAUUAUAGCGUUCAAUGAAACGUUAAUAGCGACGGCUUUGGACUGGUUGAAACUGGUGCCGGUCGUCGGGCAGAAGCUCCAAGAACCUUUCAAGAUGAUUUUGGACGGGCAAAAGCAAAAGUUGCACAAGAAUUCGAGCGGAAAUGCCGGGGAAAGCGGCGGAAAUAUAUUCGCGUCGAUUUUCGAGACGUUCGUGAUCGCCAUGGUGAUGUAUUUCGUCGUGUCUAUCGUGAAUUCGUUCGCGCAAUCGUAUCACAAGAGAAUACACAAAAGGAAAAACGCCAAAGUUAGCAAAGAGUAGUAGAAAGUGUUUGUUUUUUUUGUGUAAUUGCAAAUUUAUUAUUGAUCAUGAAUUCCGAUCGAAUGUGUGCGAUUCAUCCUUUUAGGUCUGUCGUGAAUAAAAUUUUAGGAAAAUCUUGAACUCUUACGAUUGUGUCGAUUGUAUUUUUCGGGUAUAUUUCUCUUUGGCUGUGCAUUUCAAUUUUGCAUACGAUUCCGAUGGUUUCAUGAUACUUAAACUAAAAAAAAAUCUUAUCAUUUUUUAUGUUAUUAGUGAAUUUUUUCCACCAAAAGACGGUUUUUUUAAAGUAAGCAAAUUAUUCUAGAAAAAUUCAAUAUUCGAUUAAAAAGUUUUUUUUUAUUUUAUAUAUAUAGCAAUCUGUUAUUUAUUUUGUAAUAUUUGUAUAUAGGUUUUUCCCAACCAUUCCUUUUUUUAAAUAAAGUAAACGAUUCUUGUCAUUUUUGUUGAUAAUUUACAAAAAAGUUAGCUUAAAAUUGUUCUUGUUAAUGUACCUAGCCGAUUAAAAAGCAAAAGAAAAGAACUGAUUGAAUAGGUGUGUAUACCAUUAAUAAUUUACAAAUGCAAUGAACAUUUUUUACAUGUAUUUG